AUGGCGGAGAGAUUCGAAGCAGACAAGCUCCACAGCGAGCUCGACGUUCUCGUCAACUACACCGACAUCGAAAGAGAUCUGGACAGACGCUUUCGGGAAUCCUAUUCGCCCUUUUCCCCCACCAUCCAUCGCCCGGUCACUACAGAGACACUGGAUCAUUCCUCCCCCAUAUCUACAACUUCUUACAUUCUCAAAGCCCAUCUCCCCACCGCCGCCCCAGAGGAAGACAGCCACACUAAAGAAUCCGCCAUGCAGUACAGCAGCGAGGAAGAGGCCUCUCUCAAAGAGUCUAUGGUCCAGGAGAUAGGCGCUAUCGAAAAGAAAGAGCAGGUAUCCAAAUGGCAAGGCGGCGUUGGCCUGAACCGUCCCGUCUCGACGACUAACAAACAUAAUUCCGAGCCUGCUCCCAUUGCGGACCACGAAAUGUGUCUCAACAACACUGAGGCACCAGAGUUGCCCACCGAGAAGGCAACCUCAUACAGCGGAUCUGAAAACGGCACAGGUAUUCAGCCAACGGGAGAGAUCCAAAUCAACAAGUCACCUGCUGAAGGCGCACUUGACGACUCGUCGAGCAAUUUCAACGACGACCUGUCAGAUGGAGAGAAGCCCGUUCUGUUUAAACGUGAGCGUAAGACCUCGCCGGGCUCUCCUGACGGCUUUGUCUUCAAGAGACGUCGCAGCGCUCGUAUUGCUGCUCUGCUUGCCAAAUCGGAGUAA